GGAGGCAGAAGAAGAAUAAAUUAAUAAUUGAAAUAACAUCCACAAAUUCAUUCUGAACUGAACGGCCAUGGAGCUUGCUAUCUCAUCAUCUUCUUGCUCCAACCUCCCCAAUAAGAUUUCUCUUCUUCAUUCCAAAACCAAGCUGCUGCUCCUCCCUUCUCAUUUCACUACUCCCCCACGCUCCUUCCCCGAUUUCUCCAACAACUUCCACGCCAGGCUCUCCACCACAACCGCAUCCCACAUUCGCCUUCGCCGCCGCCCUUUCAUCUGGGCCUGCUCUAAAGUUGAUGCUGCUGGAACUGAUGAUCCACUGUUGAGCAAAGUUAUCCAGUUCCGGGAUGCCUUCUGGCGGUUUCUCAGGCCCCACACCAUUCGUGGAACUACUCUAGGAUCUUUUUCUUUAGUGACCAGAGCUUUAAUUGAGAACCCGAAUCUGAUAAGGUGGUCAUUAUUCCUCAAAGCAUUUUCUGGACUUUUAGCACUCAUUUGUGGAAAUGGUUACAUAGUGGGCAUUAAUCAGAUUUAUGAUGUCGGUAUUGACAAGGUGAAUAAACCUUACUUGCCAAUAGCUGCAGGAGAUUUGUCAGAAAGUACUGCAUGGUUUUUAGUGUUAUUGCUUGCCGUUGCUGGGGUUCUAAUAGUCUCGUUGAAUUUUGGGCCUUUCAUUACUUCUCUUUACUGCCUUGGUCUUUUUCUUGGCACUAUCUAUUCUGUUCCCCCUUUUCGGAUGAAGAGAUUUCCUGUCGUAGCAUUUCUUAUAAUUGCCACGGUUCGAGGAUUCCUCCUCAACUAUGGCGUCUAUUAUGCCGUAAGAUCUGCGCUUGGUCUAACAUUUGAAUGGAGCUCACCAGUUGCCUUCAUCACCACAUUUGUAACAUUAUUUGCUCUUGUUAUUGCCAUAACUAAAGAUCUUCCGGAUGUUGAAGGUGAUCGCAAGUUUGAGAUAUCUACGUUGGCAACAAAGCUUGGUGUGAGAAAUAUUGCAUUGCUUGGAACUGGACUUUUGUUGGUAAAUUACAUUGGUUCUGUCUUGGCAGCAAUUUACAUGCCUCAGGCCUUUAAAAGAAGCUUGAUGAUACCUUCACAUGUGAUCUUGGCAUUAGGUUUAACUUUCCAGGCAUGGGUAUUGGAAAGAGCAAAAUAUACCCAGGAAGCAAUCUCCGAUUAUUAUCGUUUUGUAUGGAAUCUGUUCUACGCCGAGUACAUAUUAUUCCCUUUCAUCUAGUAAUUGGCUAGAGUGCUCGAUAUUUUUUGUAGUAUUUGUAAUCUUAAAAAUGUCUGAUUACUAUAUCAGAGCAAAAUCUAUAAUAUUUCUGCAUAUUUCAAAA